AGUACACGUUGUAAAACCGGUCCUUCAGUUGCUGCUGAAACUGAAAUUCAGUGCUUGGUUGGAUGCUAAACUGUGACAAAUGGCAAACGCGAAGAAAAAGGCUUCCAAAAACAAAUCUCAGAAGAACAAUUACCAUCACGAAAAUGAGUCUAACAGUAAAAAGAGGCAGAUGACGCCUGAUAAACAAAAAUCUGUACAGAAUGGAGGCAGAAAAUCGGAUCAACAUUUAACAGGGUCAAAGCAGUCCAAUAAACAAGAGCCAAAAGGUCAACCUGCAACAGGGUCGAAACAGACCAGCAAGCAUGAACCGAAGCGUCGCGGGUCAUGCUUCCGUCAGAUGUUUCUACUGUUUAUCAUUGCAUCAAUGGUGGCUGUGGGAGGAGUUAUCUAUGCAAAUGAAGAAUAUCAAAUUUUGAUUGAAAGGACACUGGAAAAAUAUGAAGUGCAGGACAAGCUACAUAUGGUGUAUGAUCAACUCAAGUCACUCAAAAGUCAAAUUCAAGAAUCCUUUUUACAGCUAAAGUCGCAAAUAGCGGAACCAGAAUCUGAGAAAGGUGAGAGACCAAAGAGAGAUUCCGAAGUUAAAAAGACCGAGGAUUUUGAGGAAGAAAUGGAAAAGAGAUUUGAACAGCCACCUGAACAACCACAAACAAUUGAUGAGGUCUCACAGAAAGACACAAUGGAAGAACCAGAACAUGUUCAAGAUUUUGAGUCAGAUAAUGGAGAAACUUUUGAACAAGAACAAUUUGAAUCCUUUGAACCAUUACAGGUAGAUAUUACUGAACAAGUACAGGAGCUAGGAGAAGAAGAGGUCCUUGAAAUUGUAGAACCAGAAACUAAAAAGUCAGAACCAGGAGAAGACGAGGUCUCUGAACCUGUAGAACCAGAAUUAGUCAAGGACCCUGAACCUAUUGAUCCAGAAGCUAAGAAACCAGAAUUAGCCAAUGUCCCUAAACAAGAGGCCGAGAAGUUUGAACCAGAAGUAGCUGAGGUUGCUGAACCUUUAGAAUCCCUGGAAAGGAAACCUGAACCAGAAGAACUGAGGGAAGAAAUGCAAGAAAAUGAACCGGAAAAUGUGAUAUUUACUGAACCAGAACCUGUACAAGCUACAGAGUCAAAACAAGAAGCAAUCUCUGAACCUGAACAACCUCAGAUAUCUGAAGCAGAACAAAGUACCAGACCAGUGCAACCUGAACUUUCUCAAAAGGAACCAGUUCAAUUUACUGAACCAGAAGUUAUGAAAAUACCUGAAUCAGAAACAAAUAUUGAUAUUGAACCUGAACAACCAGAAAUUACACAACCAGAAAUAACUCCAUUUCCUGAACCAGAACUAACUCCAGACAUUGAACCAGAGGAAGUACAUCCUACUGAAGGGAAACAAACUCAUGAACCAGUGCAACCUAAAGCAUCUAAACUAGAUCAAGACAAAUUCAACGAGCCAGAACCUGUUCAAGCCACUGAACAGGAAAAAGUUCCUGAACCAGUACAACCGGAAAUUACUAAACCAGAAAAAGAACAAAUUAAUGGACCGGUACAACCUGAAAUGAUCGAACCAGAACCUAUGCAAACCUUUGAAUCAGAACCAGAAAUAGUUACAAACCGUGAACAAAAGCACGAACAUGAAGGACUUACAGAGAAGGAACAAGAAGAGUCAUUUGAACAAAGUAAACAGAAACAAGCUGAACAACAUGAAACAGUAACUGAACCAGACAUCAACAAAUUGGAAAUGAAGAUCUCUUCUAUGUUAGAUAAUGAAGAGGAUAUAGAGGAAGACAAAGUUGAACAGUUUGAAGAACCAAAGGUAGAAAUGACCGAUGAGCCCAUGAAAAAGGCAGUUGUUCAAAAACCUGUCAUGGCGGAGGUUGCUCACGAUCAGCAACCAAUCAGGGAGGAGGUUCCAGAACCAAUCAGGGAGGAGCUUGUUUAUGAUCAACAACCAAUGAGAGAGGAGACUUCAGAACCAAUCAGAAAAGAGGUCCCAGAACCAAUCAGGGAGGAGCUUGUUCAUGAUCAGCAACCAAUCAGGGAGGGGGAUGUUCCAGAUCCAAUUGUAGAAAUGGAUGUUCCAGAACAACUGGAAGAGGAAAUUGUAUCAGAACCAAUGGAAGACCAGGUUGUUCCAGUACAGGUCAGAGAUGAAGUUGUUCAAGAACCAAUCAGGGAGGAGGACGUUCUAGAACCAGUUGUGGAGGUGGAUAUCCCAGAACCAGUUCAAGUUGAAAUUGUUUCAGAACCAGACAAAGAAGAGAUUGUUCAAAAACCAGUCAGAGAAGAAGUUGUUUCAGAACCAAAAAAAGACAAAGUGGUUUCAGAACCAGUAAAAGACAAAGUGGUUUCAGAACCAAAGAAAGAUGAGGUUGUUCAGUCAACUACUGGAGAGACAAGGACAGGUACUCAGAUGUCAGAUAAGGAAGUAGAAAGAGUAAGAAAAGAAAAGGAGAAGGAAGAGUACCCCAACCUCCUGAUCACAAACAGUCGUGACUACAGGAACAGGAAGAGGCUGGACAGUGCUGACCAACUAAGUGAGGAGGGAGAUUUUGAGGGAGCGCUGGCAAAGUAUGAAAAAGUGAUUGAAAAAUACCCCAACAGUCCCCGUGCCAAUUAUGGCAAGGGCUUAGUUCUGGACAAAAUGGCCGAAAAAAGAAAGAGUAACGCCUUUCUGGAGCAAGCCAUCAGGAGUCUUGACAACCUCCUAAACAUACCAGAUGUUCCGGACAGGUUACUGCUCCUAGCUGGCAGACGAUUGGCUGAGAGACAACAGUUCAGAGGUUGGGGCGACAAAGCUACGAAGACAUGGCGCCACCUGGUGGAGAAAUUUCCAGAGGACUACAACAUACGAAACCAACUGGGCUUAAGUUACAUUCUCAUAGGUAACAUGGUGGCUGCCAAGAACGCUUUUAGGGAGGUUAUCUCCAUCCAUCCCACCGACGGAUUUGCUAAGGUUCAUCUCGGCUUCAUACUCAAGUCUUCCGAUCUCAACUUCAAGGAGGCUAUCCCAUUGCUUAAGGAGGGGAUAGCAACAGGGGAGCCAGGGACAGAGGAUGGAAGAUUCUAUUUCCAUUUAGGGGAGGCACUACAGAGGACAGACAUCACAGAAGAGGCGUACAAAGUCUACCACGAAGGAGCUGCUAAAGGUCUCUUCCUGUCAGCAGAUCAGCGGUCACUUUAUAAUGUCUGGACGUUGACAAGUCGUCCUUGGUGGACAGCCGAGGAAACUGGAUAUACCAAACAUAUCAAGUUGCUAGAGGACAACUGGAAGGUCAUCAGAGACGAGGCUUUGAAUCUGUUAGAUGCUAACACCGGAAGUUUUGUACCGGAGGAGGAAAAUCUUCGGGAAACCGGAGACUGGAAGCAGUUCACAUUGUAUAAUAGAGGACGGAAAGACAAGGAGAAUUGUAACAAGGCGCCAAAGACCUGCGAACUCAUUGAUCAAAUACCUGAUGCUAAGGAAUGUCGUCGUGGCCAGGUGAAGUUUUCUAUGAUGCAGCCAGGUGUCCAUGUAUGGCCUCACUGUGGUCCGACAAACUGUCGACUUCGUGCCCACCUGGGACUAGUGGUGCCCCCUGGGCCGAAAAUCCGAGUCGUCAAUGAAACAAGGGAAUGGCAAGAAGGCAAAGUGUUUGUUUUUGACGAUUCGUUUGAACACGAGGUCUGGCACAAGGGAGAUAAACCGAGGAUGGUGUUAAUUGUUGACUUUUGGCAUCCACAGCUAGAUAAGGAAACAAGACUGGGCCUAACCCCAAUCUGAUAAGUGUUGGUGAGCUACUUAUGGAAAUAACCAUGAAAAGUCUAUGUGUGGAGGCAACUUUGGAAAUACCUUCACAUGGAAAUAGAAUAUAGAACAUGGUUUAUGUAGAUAAUAUAUGAAUCAUCUAAACAUGGUAGCAACAUCGGAAAUAUCUUCACGUGGAAAUAAGAUAUAAAACACUAUUUUAUGUAAACAACUUGUGAAAUAUCUACGCAUGGAAAUAGCUCGUAAAACAUCUACAAAUUGAAAUUAGAUAUAAAACACUAUUUUAUGUAAACAACUUAUGAAACAUCUACGCAGCAAAAUAACUUGUACAAAAUCUAAGCAUUGAAAUAAGAUAUAAAAAAAAUCAGAGGUCUUUUCAGUUACGCAGAAGAAGUAGUUUAUCUACUUUAAAAUAAAUGCAACAUAAUUCGGGUAAAUUGUUUAAUACAGGCCUUAAAUUAGAUAAAUCACUUUUACUUGACCUUAGGUUCAAGUCCGUCCCUAUUUCAUAUAGAGACAACUCUGGUCCAGUUGGUCAGAUUAUUUACUACGUGAUAAACAGUAGUCUAAGUCAUAGUUCAUAUAUAUUUGUUCAGUCUAUAUCAGGUAGGUCAGGUGUCAAAUCUAGCUCAGCUAGAUGUUUGGGAAAUGAUCUGAAAAAUAUUGUGAGAAAACUAAUGGCAGCAGUAACAAUAUAUUUUUGUUUUACUUAUGAAAAUAAAAUCGAAACAGGAAAAUAGGUGUUUUUACUAAACUACUACAGUUUUCAGUUUAUUUGUUGAUAUAUUGGAAUACCAACAAAAUUGCCAUUUAAAAUUUCAGCAGAGUAUGAAUACAAAAGUAUUGAAGUUUAUUAAACAUAUAUGUUAAUGAUGUGUAAGUGCAUUUUUCAUUCUUAAAUGCUACUGUUACCGAAACAUCUAAGCUUUCAUUUUUAAGGGCCAAGUUAUGUCCAGAUUGACUUUUUUCUUGGAAAUAAAAAAUUUGAUAAGUGUGUGUUGAACAUAUUGUAUUACGGUAUAAAACUCUCACUGAGUUGUUCCGAGUAAACUCCAGAAACUCCCAUUAAGGUCAAAUUUGAAAAUGAGAAUAGUUUAAUAACAUUUUCUAGAAUCUGUUAAAUAUUUGAUAAUUAAUCAAUAGAAAUUGAGUCCCGCCGGCUAGUUCAGUAGACAGUAGACCGUUUUAGCCUCAGCGAGAUACAUUUAGUAUUUCUGUUGUGGUACGAUUUUUAGGAAAUGUGAGAAUUGCACUGAUUUAUGUGUAAGCCAGGUUUUGUGAUAUUUGAAUUAGAAACAGAUUCAUACACAUGUUCUACAUCAAAUUGCUGUAAUGGUUAAAUUUUUCUUCACUGACUUCAUCUUUUGUAGAAAUUAAGAUAUUUCAUAAUUAUUGGAAUAGAUAUUCAAGUAAAGGAUAAAAUGUUGAAAAUUCAAAACCAAGUCAUGUUUAAGUCAUGUUUACAAGAAAAGACUUUUCAUUUUUUUUUUCAUUUUUUUUGCAGAACAUUAGAUGAAAAUUGACCAUCACAUGUACCACACUCAUUUGUAUUGUGAUUGUGACGACUAUUCAUGAUAUUGAUUGUAGAAAUUGAUGGGGUUGAAUUUGUAAGAAUGCUUUAUUUUAUGGAAGUUUGAAUGUGUAAAGUAUACAUGAUAAUUAACACUAGAAUACAUGGUGAUAAUCUACACAAGUUAUUAUACAAUUAAUGUGUUGACAUGGUGUUACAUGGAGAUGUUCGUUAUAAUCCUAUAUUGUUGAAAGUUGACUGCUUUGCUGCUCGCUUGCUUGGUCAGGGUUAUUCCCCUUGAUUUUUUGCUUGUGUUGGUUGACCGGCCUGGGGCCUGUUUGUUUAUGUGGACCAAACGGUUUGUCUAUUUUUAAUGUAAUAUAUCAGGGGUAAAACCUGAUGGACCUGUAGAUUUUAAAGCAGGCUUUGAAAAUCUUUGCCAAGGCUUGUCAGAAAAGAAACCCAUAAAAUCACAAGGUCCGGCCCUAUUUCAUAAAUGAACAUCUCUGGUCGAACCUGUUCAGCUGUUUGGCAUGCGAUAAACAUGAACGACCCUAUAGUAGGUAUUGUAAGAAGAUAUGAGGCUUGUUGGAAUAUGCGGAACAACAGGUUUGUCUUGUUUUUAAAGGUAGCUUUUUUGGGUAUAAAUCCUGGCAGACAUACAAAUGUUUGCAGGCCUUACCAGGCUUUUUCAAGGAUCGUCUGAAAGCAGCAUCCGAAUUACUACACUAGGUCCGACCUUUUGUUAUAAACAAACACCUCUGGUCCAAACGGUUCAAUUGUUUGGAUCGCAAUAAAGAAAAGUGGCCCUGUACAAGACUUUGUGUAUAAGUAACAAUUACUAUUAAAUGUACCUACUAUUUAAAUAUUCCUAGUUGUUUGUGUAAUCUUUAUAUACUAUGCAAAUUACUGUUACCUGCGAUUUUAAGUACAAUUAAUAUCAAAGCUCCAUUAUUAUUAUUUUUUGAAUUUCCAACAAACAUGAAAUUUUUCAAUUUAUUUUUUUACAAAUAUUUUUGAAUGUCCUUGGAAUAAAGAUAGUUAAUAAAAUGUCCAUCUAUGAUGAAAUAUAGAAUAUUUGUUAAUACAUUUUUGUGUAGCCUAGAUUCAGUUUAAAAGAAAGUAAAUUUGUUUAUUAGAAAAAUCCCACCAGGUUCAAUUAGAAUUUAGAAUAUUAUUAUCAGAGAGUUAUUUGUACGGUAAAAUGAAAUAUUUGCAGAGCUAGCACACAUUGAGAAUUGAAUGAUUCAACUUGUACGUGUUACAGAUUACUUACAAUGAAAAAACGAACAAUUGUUGAAUUAGCUUGAUUACAGAACAGAGUACUGUGCUGAAAUGGGUACUAAACCAUAGCAAUCAAGGAAAAUAAAAUUAAUGAGCAUCAACACUGCAGAAUCCGGUACCGGUUUCAGCAGUGGUGUUGUUGCUCGGCUUUCCCUGAUGAGCACUGUUGAAUACACCAUUAAGGUAUCCACCCCAGGAUCCCUACCGCCUCUUUGGAACUGACUUCCUUGUAGGGACGUUGGGUCUCCACCUCCCUGUUGUUAUAGCAAUAAAUGAAUACAUGUUUUGUAGAACAAACUUUUAUACACAAAUAACACUCCGAGACAACCACCUGAAAAUUAGCAGUAUGUAGAAUUUGUAUGUUUCGAUGAAAGAGAUCUAUUUAAAAAAUCAGUAAGAAUGUAGAAAAUACCAAUAUAGUGAUAAACAUAUGAAAUGAAUGGAAAGUCUUUCAUUUUUUUUUAAUUAUUUUUUAUACUUAACAAUGUAAUUUUGAUAAUUAUUCUGAAUAGAAGCUAAUUUAAAAAGAAAGUUACUACAUGUCAAGUAAUGCUUUCUAAUAUAAACCGUGUACACAACAUUUGCAUAAUAUUUAUUUUAUCUUUUCUCUUGUUUACAUGCUUUCGCCAAAAUAAUUUAUCAUCCAAGAAUUGAAAUAAGCUUUAAAUUCACAAACUUGAUUAUGUCCUCAAGCUGGAUAAAUGAUUUCCAAUGUUAGACUGUAUGAACUUAUAUUCUAAAAACAAAAAGAGUCGUGCGUUGAUUUUUUGUACACAUGUACAGUGUCUAGUGGUAGGACGCCAGGCUUGUGACUGAAGGGUUGCGGGUUCAUGUCAAGGCACAGCACUGUAUUGUAACUUUGAGCAAGAUACUUUACUCUGCUUGUUCCAGUCUACUCAGCUGUAAAAUGAGUACGUGGUUGGG